UUAAUGAAUCAUAGCCAUGGAACACACAUUCUAUGCAAAGUUGUACUUUAUAGGAUGCAGCCCAUGUUUACAGUGUGUGUUGCGUGACUGUUAGCUAUGGGAAAUAGUGAGAGAAUUGUAUUCCUUCCUAGACUGUCUCAGUCAGUGUCCUCUGUUAACAUAUUAGUCCACUGGAGCGCUCUAACUUUGUGUGCCCAUGUGAUUUUCCUUGUCAACUCAAGGAACUGUCUCUCAACUUUCUCUCAACUUUCUGCUAAAGGUGCCUCAUAAGGCCAACAUGCCCUCCUCCUGUAUGGGUUGAGUAGACACCAUGUUUUUCAGAAGGGACUUGGUAGGUCCCAAAAGUGGUGCAAACGGGACUGAAGUGAACUGAUUUGUGGGGGAUUAGAGAUUAAGAUUUCCCCUCCCGCUGAGAUGGGCUUUAGUGGAGUAAAUCUGUGGAUUAUGAUGUCAGAGGCCCGUGGUUGUCGGAGAGGAAAUUUUAUUGUCAGAGGAGUGCCGAUGGCCAGGAUUAUGGAACGGUCAGUGAGGAGAUAUAGGAAUGGGAAGCCAUGUCUGUGCCAUACCCCUGUACAGUAAAACCUUCAGGGAAGAACAUCAACCACUAUUGGAAUUUGUGAGUUGUCUCUCCACGAUGCUGUUCAGAUGCUGAUUCAGUGAGAGAAAGAUAGCGUUAUUAUAUUUUGCCUGCCUUUUAAAGCAUCAAGUGCCUUCCCCGGCUGCUGCUAUAGAGGGGCUCACCAAGACCAAGAAGAUGAAGGUGAAGUGGACUCAGCUGGGCAUGGUGUUCUUCCUGUUGCUCUCUCUGGUCAUGACAGGAUGCUUCCUCUGGCAGUACCAGAUCCCAAAGUUACUGCCAAAUGAGAGCAUGGGAGGAAAUGCCAAAUCAGAACGGAUGUGCCCACGCUUCCCUGAGCCUCUCCCCCUUGAGCACCCUAUCCCUACUCUGAAAGAGGCACUGGAAAAGGUGGACACACUGCUGCGCCAAAUCAUCAAUCCUACUAGUCUUCCCUCUUUGUCGGCCAUUGUGAUUUUCAACAACACCGUUCUGUGGACUGGUAACUUUGGCAAGAGGAACAGAAGUGACCCACUCUCAGCUCCUCCCAAUGAGUACACCAUAUACAGGAUUGCCAGCCUUUCCAAGAUCUUCCCAACGCUGAUGCUAUACAGGCUGUGGGACGAUGGGAAGAUAACCUCUCUGGAUGACCCUCUGGAGAAAUAUGUGGAUAACUUCACCAUUAAAAACCCUCUGGGCAAGUCACGGGACUCUGAGCUCAAGUAUGUGACAGACGGCCUGAUCUUCCUGGAUAGUGGAGAGGUUCAGAUCCGCUCCUCCUCUGUCACUCUGCGCAGGAUGGCCAGCCAGCUCUCAGGUCUACCCAGAAGACUAAGAGCCACUAACCUGCUGUGGAAGGGGAAAACACAGGCUGCAGUGAAUCUGCUGCAAGAUGAUGUCCUUGUUGCAGACCCUGGCACCAAAUGCCACUACAGUAACCUAGCCUUUUCUUUACUGGCCCACGUCAUGGCUGAGAAGGUGGUGGGCCUGGACUACCAGCGCUGGAUCAAUGAUAACAUCCUGGACCGGCUGGGGAUGGAGGACACAGGCUUUGACUACACCCCAGGGAUCCAAAGCCAGAUGGCUGUGGGCGUCUACUCCAGUGGCCAGCCAGCCCCUCUGUAUGACCUGGGCUGGUACCGCCCCUCAGGCCAGAUGUUCUCCACUGCCGCUGACCUUGCCAAGCUGGCCAUGAUGCUGCUGGGGGCCUACCACCGCAAGCUCCUGGAGCCCGACACCCUGAAGAUCAUGCUGACCCCGCUGUACCGCUGUGAUAAGGACUACUUUGCCAACCGCACCGGGACGCCUUGGGAGGUGAAUGAGCAGCUGGGCUACGAGGUGCUGCGUAAAGACGGAGACCUGGAUGGCUACUCAGCCACCUUCUCACUGGUGCCCAGGCUCAAGCUGGGCCUGGUGGUGCUGAUGGCUGGCACCAGACCUCAGAACCAGGAGGUGGUGGCCAAGGCUUACAGUCACAUCAUACCCGCCAUGGAGAGGGUGUUCCGGGAGGCCAAAAAGAUCCUCAUCCCUCCCCCUAUUCCAGACCCUUACAUAGGCUUCUUCACUUAUGGAAACAUCACCUUCUAUGAGAUCAAAGCUGGGGCAGACGGUGUUCUGAUCAUGCAGCAGUUUGGUCCCCAGAUUGAGGACCUGAUCCCAGAGAGAUAUCGGACAAUCAAGCUGAACUACCUGGUAGACAGGGUGUUCAGGGUGGUGUUUGAGAAGGAGUACCCCUGUGUUUUGCGGGUCAGCACUGCUUCAGUCUCACUUGAGGCCCAAGAUGGGCAGCUCUUUAACUUUUAUGUGUUUGACAAGCGUGGUCUGUCCCCUGGCUUCGAUGCACCAGGACUGAAUACAUACAAUGUGAUCCGGAUAGCCCGUAGGCCGACUUUCUCAAACUAACUGAACU